AUGACUUCUAUCGGCUCUCACCUGUCCUUUCAAGCUAGGGGUGGUGACUGUCAGGAAAAGAUUGUUGUCGUGCUCACCUUCCCGAACCGAGAGAAGCACUGCUUAUGUCAGCGACAAUCGAAUACGAAGCGUGAUCAAGGCCAAGAUGCGGGGUCCCCACAUGGCGUACUUGUAGCUGGUGAGCAGGUUGAUUUGCGCAUGUACGCCUUGAAAAUACAUAAGUUUCGGGCUCCUGCAUGUCAAGGCAGAGUUUCCUACCGCUCCACUUGGCCAUCGGGCGUCUUUGGUCCGCAAUUCAUGGCGGAGGAUCGUGAGGCAUCAAAGCGAGGGAUCAAAAGGGCAAGAACACGGCAUGGAUGUUUGAACUGCAAGAUUAGGAGGCGCAAGUGCGAUGAAUUGAAGCCAACAUGCUCGCGUUGUGCUGCUAAGAACGACAAAUGCGAAUGGGCUUCUCGCCUCACCUUCCGAGCCGAGAAUGCGUUAGCAAUUCAUCCAUCACUAUUGCAUCAGCCCCCGGGAUUUCCGCCUAAGCGUUUCAGGAUUAAAAAUGUUACUGCAGAAGUCAUGCGGGACUACCAGUGUGACAAGCCAGGAGAUGGGCCCGACGCUUGCGAUCAGUCUGAUAACCAGCGGGGUAAUUGUUACAGCGAUCCCUCACCUACCACGAUCGAUGAACGGAGCGUUUCAUUUCAAAAUGGCUCGUGCUGGGGGAAAAACACAUCUUAUACGAACGCUGAGGGCAUCCCGAGUCAGGCUCGACCCCAAGGAUACGUACCCAUAUUUGUUUCUGCAGAUACAAAUGUGACAUGGAACAGUCCGGCAAUUGCCGCACGCCCAGACAACACAAUCUUUCUUCCGGGAUCUGCAUACCUGAACGCUCAUGCCGCAUUCAGAAGUCACCUAAAACAAAAUGCACGAUUCAGUGAUCAUACCCCAGAAGCCUCGCAUGACUCUUCAAGGGACACUCAUAUAUGGUCUGUAGACACCGAUUUCGAUACAGUGGUAAAAAGACGCACCACACAACUCCCAUUUGACCCUGUCAUUGGUGGGGAACCGAGCCCUACUCAAUUAUCAGUGUUCCAGCUAUCAACUGAGGAAGAGUUUGAGUUGUGGAAGAAUUGGCUUGAUGAAAUAGCGCCUUGGAUUGACAAGUUCGAUGGUGAACGCCAUUUCCAACACCAACUUCCUAUAUUGGCACGUUCCCACGAGCACCUGAAGUACUCAAUACUAGCGGUAUCAGCGCGACAGCUUGAGGUCAAGAACAAUAGCAUACACACCGAGCGCAGCCUAGCUUUAUACCAAACAGCCAUCCAACUUGUCUUACCGCAUCUACAUACACGCAGCACGGCAGUGAUAGCAACAUGCGUAGUAUUAUGCGUGCUAGAGAUGCAAAGCAGUUCGUCCAAGGCGUGGCAUCAGCAUUUGGAUGGCUGUGCACAUUUGAUUGAAGCAGUUGGAAUCCAUGGCUUCUCUGGUGGCCUCGAACAAGCCUUGUUCUGGUGCUUCGCCCGUAUGGAUGUAUGUGGCGGACUUAUCUCAUCAUCCAAAACGCUUAUACCCGUUGAGCGCUGGGCCUUGGGCAUGAGUCUUGACGCUGAUGUGCAUCUCUUUCGAGCGAACAAAGGAUACAACACUCACGCAUGUGAAGUGGUAUACUUGUGUGCACAAAUACUCGACUUGCUCUCCUUCCACCCAAACCUGGCCGGGCGCGCUGGUGUCUCACUCGAUACAUUAGAGAUUCGAGACGAAGCUUACAUGGCUCGGUGGAUGAAGCUUUGGAACCACAUUUCUGAAUGGCAUACUAUGCGUCCGGCAGAGAUGCUCCCUAUAACAUCUCUCACAAACCCUGCAUGGCCAUUUCCCAAGAUCCUGUAUAGCAACCCUGCCGCCAUCUCGGGGAAUCAACUUUACCAUACAGCAUGCCUUCUAAUGCUUAAGCACAAGCCUGCGGGGGUCUCUAUCAUGCCUAAGCCGAACUCUAUUUUCUGGCAUGCGCGUCAGAUCUGCGGGAUAUCGAUGAGCAAUGACCACCACGCCUGUUUGCCACUUUCUGCGAUUGCACACUACCUGGAAGCAAAUUCAACAGCACACGCUCUUCAUUCACCGAUUCCAUCUACCCUCCUCGACCCAUUUGGGCGCCCCGCCACCAUGUUCACGAGCUUCACGGGAAACCCGCGUCGGGCGCGACAAGUCAAUCUCAGUGGAAAGAAAACCAAUCCCUUCGGCCCCCCAGGCUCCGGCGCCGGAUCACAAGCCGCCCUCGACCGAGCACAGCAAGACCGAGCACAACGGCAGCGGGAACGAGAUACAUUAAAUGCCGCCAAGCGAAUACAAAGGGUGUGGCGGGGUCAUUCAGCCAGGCGGAAAGUGGCUGACCAAGUACGGGGUGAAUGGGACAGAACAGAGGCUUCCAAUGGCCUCUCACAACAGGGAGCGUAUGCUUCGGAAGACGAGGCUCUUGCUCAAUUACAGCGGCUACUUCGUUUUGCCUCCACCCGCAGUGAGGAUGACCUGAAACGGAUACAACAUUAUGGAGCAAGACAGAUGGAAACAGUACAGUCCUUGGACCUGAAACCAAGCGGACCAUGGCCGUCGGCAUAUUCAAGACUACAACGGAUAUCUUUGGUUGCUAUAGAACGCCAGCUCAGGCCUUCAUCAACACAAUGGAGUCAGAUCGGGACAUCUCUUACCACCCUGCAGUUUUUAGCCGAACAGAUACCUGCCGAGACAUCCCAAAACGCCCAGAACUAUUACCACACCCUCGCCCAAGUCGUAUCUAGGCUCUCCCCCGAACUCGAGUCGUCCGACAAUGGGUUAAACGUAGUCAACGUCGUGCUGAAAACCCUGGUCGCGCCAUUGAGGGUUACUGGAUAUACUUUGGAUGCCUACGAAGCGCUUGGGGUGCACUUCUUGACACUUCCGUUGCUUAGUUCUGACUCAACAUCGCCGCCAAUACAGAAGCUUCGAGAUUCGCUCGCCGACUCGAUAAACUACAAGCUACUUGCGAAUGCGCUGGCUACUCUAGCUAAACGAUCCGGACUACAAAACAAGCCAGAAUUACAGAGUACACUGAGUCGGCUCCGUUUGCUGGGAACCUUCAUCUAUUUCCACCGCUAUGCUCACAAUUUUGAUACCCCAGAGGCGUACGCUGUACACAAAGACUUUGUAUCUGUUGUAUCUGUUCUUCUGAAUUCGCUACCCGUCAAUAUAGUUGAUGAAGACCAUCCCAUCACAGAGAUCACCGAAGACGAUGCCAUCAAUUCGGAUUCAGGUGCAGUGACUGAGUUUCUCAAACAGCAGGUUGAAUCUCUCGUGCAUCAAGAAGGAAUUGGGAGUCUCUUGGCUGGCUCAUCACAAUCCCUUGAUACUUCCGAAGACGAGAAGGUUGAUGAAGCGCGGCAGCUCGCCAACUACGCGCUUGCACUGCUGCGCUUCUUUCCACGAAGAGGUGACGAGAUACGCAUGUGGCUUUAUAUUGGCCCAUCGGAGUCGUCUGGGAAGAGCACACGGAAGUUGCCCGCUAUCCGGUACUUCUGGGAGGCAUCGAGAAGGUCAUCAGUCUUUUCCACAAUCUUCAAAGACUCACGGGCAGCCAUUGGUCUGCUGAAGCCAAAGCCAUCCGACGCUAACAGCUCAGAUCGCCUGGGCACAUUCGGUCUGACACAGCACGGGUUCUGGCAGCCAGCGCAACAGCAAGUGAAUCGUGAUGCUGCUGUUACGGAUGAGUGGCGGGUCAUACUAGUAUUUCUAGAACUUUAUACAUUUGUGCUCAAAGUUACAGAUGAUGAAGAGUUCUUCAGUACUGGACAACAAGACGCCUAUUCCGGGCAAGUCCGUGAUAAUGGACUGCCUUUGACCGAAGUAAAGGACCUCACGACAUUCUUAAAGAAUCUAGGUUUCACACUUUACUUUAAUGCAGUAGAAAUCACUACGUCAGAAGACAGUGCCGAAAGCAGCAGCACAGGCUUCAAUUACUUCAACCCAAAAGCAAUCGAAAACCAAAGCCAGAAAGAACAAGUUGAGCCAUCAAUAGGUGGAGUAGCUGGAUUGAGGAUCGACUAUGUUAAAGGGCUGGUCACAGGUCUCCUUCGUAUGGUCUACGAGCGUGACUCGCGACGCAAAUUCUUGCCGCCAGACCACUGGUUGAUGACUUCACGAUUCGACAUGACUGGCUUCAUUCCAGCUGUAGUCGAAGAGGAGGAGUCACGUCACAAGAUCCAAGAAGAGGAUGGAGACGAUCUGGAUGAUCACGAAGAAGAAUUUGACGAUACACCACAGCUUAUUGGGACUAGUCGGACCCAGCAACAACGACGACUAGAGAAACUGCAACGACAGCAACGCAAGGCUUCAAGAAGAAGGUACCUCCAGGCUGUGGCUCCUCGGUUGGAAAUACUGCAGAACAUGCCAUUCUUCAUACCAUUCACUACCAGGGUACAAAUCUUCCGAGAAUUCGUACAUCUGGACAUGACCAAGCGAAGAGGCGGUUCUGAUCCCGAGCUCUGGCGAUUCAGACUGAUGCAGCAACCAAAUGCCCGUGGUCAAUUCGAAAGGCACUCUGCCAGGAUCAGGAGAGAAAACGAGUUUGAUGAUGCCUUCGACCAGUUUUAUGACCUGGGACAGGGCUUAAAGGAACCAAUUCAAAUCACCUUCUUGGAUCAAUUCGGUUCACAGGAAGCCGGUAUCGAUGGUGGUGGUGUCACCAAAGAGUUUCUGACAAGCGUCACCAACCGAGCCUUUAUGCCUACAGACUAUAUCGACAUGUUCAUUGAGAACGACCACCAUCUCCUUUAUCCUAAUCCUGCGGCACUUGAAGAACACAAGGAAGCUCUGCGACAAGCGGGCAUACGCGAAGGAUCACAAGAGUAUCGUGCGCAAAUCACCGAGCUGCUUCAACGCUAUGAGUUCUUAGGUCGCAUCAUCGGCAAAUGCAUGUACGAGGGCAUCUUGAUUGAUAUCAACUUUGCACCCUUCUUCCUACGCAAAUGGGCUCUGACAGGCGGCGCCGGCUCCGCACCCAACGAAUCAGGCUACCGACCAACGCUCAACGACCUUCGCGACCUGGACGAAGAGCUGUACCAAGGCCUGCACAAGCUCAAAACUUAUCCCGGUGAUGUGGAAGAUUUCUCGCUCAAUUUCACAGUCACAGACACCAUUGUCGUCGAUCACACCACUACACCCAAGAAGACCAAGGCUAUCACCAAGGACCUCAAGCCCGACGGCUCCAACACACCUGUCACGAACCAAAACCGCCUCGUCUACAUCAGCUACAUGGCACGCCACCGCCUACAGAACCAACCGUACGCCCAAACCGCCGCCUUCCUCCGCGGCCUCAGCACAAUGAUCCAACCCUCCUGGCUCUCCAUGUUCAACCAGUCUGAAUUGCAAACUCUCAUCUCCGGCACCCGCACCUCCAUCGACGUCGAAGACCUCCGCCGCAACACCAUUUACGGGGGCACAUACGUCAUUGGCGACGACGGCCUCGAGCAUCCGACCAUCCAGCUCCUCUGGAAAGUCAUGAAGGAAAUGUCCGACGACGAGCGCCGUGCUGUCCUCAAAUUCGUCACGAGCACCCCUCGCGCCCCGCUGCUGGGCUUCGCGACGCUUAACCCGCGCUUUAGCAUUCGCGAUGCCGGGAGCGAUCAGGAGAGGUUGCCUAGCACGAGUACAUGUGUGAAUUUGCUCAAGUUGCCCAUGUAUCGCGAUGAAGCGACGCUCAAGGAGAAGUUGCUGUAUAGUGUUUUUUCGGGCGCGGGCUUUGAUUUGAGCUAG